GUUACAGAAAAUUUCAUAUAUAGCGACACAGGGAAGAACUACGCAAAACAUGUUUGUAUGAUUAACGAACCUUACACCAUGUUAUUAUCUGUUAUGUGGCUCGCACGUCUUCUGUGCAGUCAAACAGGAAGUGACUCUCAAUGGGAUAUGUUUAGAAACUUGUAUGCAAAAGAAAGGAAGUUACUAUAAUACAACGUCGCUUGAGGAAACUUACAUGUGAAGUAAAAUCUCACAGACAUUGCCUAUGACAGGUUUUUGUCAGAAAAAAUGGCGGCGCCUCCUAGACCACCGAGACUGAAGCCAGAUGGUGAGUACUCACAAACUAUAACCAAAACCAACAAAAGACGCCAAACGUUUACCCACAAACUAUAACCAAAACCAACAGGAGACACCAGGCGGUGAGUACUCACUAACUAUAACUGAAACCAACAAAAGACACCGGACGACAAAAGAGGCCCCAAGCCCGGUACUAAUGUUGCUCUGAAUGCACACAAGUUGCCUGUAAAUAGGUCUGAAACAGCGGAGAAACACGAACAAGUUAAAACCGACGAAGACUACAUCUAUUCCGAAGCAAUAGCCCAGAGAAGCGCGCCAGAGCAGUACGCGUCACCUCUUACAGCCACGGUUGAUGCAGAGAAACAGGAACAAGUUAAAACCGACGAAGACUACAUGUAUGCCGAAGCCAUAGCCCGGAGAAGGGCGCCAGAGCAGUACGCAUCACCUCUUACAGCCACGGUUGAUGACUAUGAUGACGGUGACGGUUUUAUCUAUGACGACCCGAAAACGUUGAGUAGUUCCUCAGGUGGGCCUCACAAGUCUUCUCCGUUACAACGUCCACGAGAGAGACAAAUAAAGGUUAAAACAGACGACGACUACAUCUAUGAUGUACCCACAAACAGGCGAAGUGUGCCAGAGCGGAAAGCCUCUUCGCGUACAACCGCUGACUGUGAUGACGGUGACGGUUUUAUCUAUGACGAACCGAAAACGUUGAGUAGUUCCUCAGGUGGACCUCACAAGUCUUCACCGUCACAACAUCCACGAGCGGAGAAACACGAACAAGUUAAAACCGACGAAGACUACAUGUAUGCAGAAGCCAUAGCCCGGAGAAGGGCGCCAGAGCAGUACGCGUCACCUCUUACAACCACGGUUGAUGACUAUGAUGACGGUGACGGUUUUAUCUAUGACGACCCGAAAACGUUGAGUAGUUCCUCAGGUGGGCCUCACAAGUCUUCUCCGUUACAACGUCCACGAGGUGCUGAAGACUAUUACGGUUUGAUGUACGACAUUGCCAAACCGUCAGGCAAUUUCCCAGCGCACCAAACCAAGACGUCCGCUACACAAAGUGGACCAGGCCUGAGGGUUACCACAACAGAAAACGUCAAAAUGGGUGCAGGGCAAAAGGCAGUGGAGAUGAAGCCCCCCAAACCUCUGACUAUGGCUCACUCCUUGAAAGUCGAAGGCGAUCAGAUUAAGAUAGUUCUCCAGUUAAGGUCACCGGAAACGGAAGCAGGGCACUUUCGUCGCGUGCCAAUGCGCGUUGUGUGUUUAUUUGAUAUAAGCGGAAGUAUGGGUCAGCAAUUUGGAUCCAAGGCGAGGAGGAGAGAAACUAAAAUAGUAAAGAUGAGAAAUAUUGCCAAACUAAUAACGAACACCUUGGAUGAUAUGGACUACCUCGGAGUAAUAGCGUUCGGCAAUGAUACAGAGGUUUUGUCGCCGAUGACCAAGAAUGAGCCGAGUGCAAAGAAAGAAGUGCUGAGUAAGGUCAGAGAACUUGGUAGAAAUGGUUUAUCUUUAACCACUAACCUCAGUCGAGCAAUGUUCGCCGCCAUUAACAUGUUCCGUCAGGAUUCCAAAGAGCGGGGCUGGAAAUGUUCAAAUCGUGAGAGCCGGGACAUGAUCAUGGUGCUAACGGACGGGGACAUUAACGACGGUGUCACUGACGGUCAGGAGCUGGUGCGUCAGGUUAGACAGGCCAUCCGGGAAUUGGAAAUGGAGGGAAACCACUUCAAGAAGGAUCCCAGCCUGACCAUCUCCACCGUAGUAACUGGUAACAACGUGUCCGACGCCGUCUACAUGCUGUCCAAGACCUGUGGCAAUGACGCCUUCUUUUACAUCGAAAAGGACAGUGAUAUACUGGAGAUUGGCGCCCUGAUGCCCGUGUUGCUCCGGAUGAACUCUGUGGCUAACAGUAUCUCUGUACAGGCAGAAGCUCUGGAUCCCGCCGAGUUACUGCCCAAACUGUGCGGUCACGAGUACAUGGCACACCGACCACACGAGCGAGAUGACGAGAUCUGUUACUUCCUUCACGACUUGGGCCUGGGAAUGUCAAAGCAUCUGCUGAUCGUCUUAGACAAGGAAUCCGUCAUGUGUGAGACUGACAUGAACGCUGCCGUGCUAAGGGUCAAGGUGGAAUAUCUCGACGCAGUGAUGGAGAAGCACACCUUCACCCACGAGGUCAUGCGCAGCGAGUUUGAGGAUCCACAAACACAGCAAUCCCUUGCUGUAAGCAUCCAAGACAUACGGCGAAUUUCUCAGCUGGCCUUGCGGCAGGUGGCUGAAGACGUGAGGGAGGAGAAAGGCAGCAGGGCUGUAGCCCACUUAUUACAAAGCAUUGAGGAGGUAGAGACGCACGUGGAAAACCACUGCCAAGAGCUCCGUGUAGCCUCUGAAAAACAACAACUUACUAAUUUGGCCCAGUCCGUGACCGCUAAUCUAGCUAACCUCAUGAGAGUGAUCGAAGACUCGCAGAAAACUACCGGCAAUAAGUGGGCUGCUGUGAAAUCCGUGUCCUCGGCCAUUGUCAGGGAAGCCCCAAGUGCCACAAGACUGUUGGGUCAGCAAAACGAACAAACGGGAAACACAGUCAUGUCACGUGAGGUCAGUGAGAUGCGCAGAAUGAUCAGAGACCAGUACGCAAAGAACGGCGUCAAGUCUGCUAUAUUCUACGAUUUUGAUGUCACCAUGAUGGAGUUUACAAACAGUCUGCAACGCGGAGUACGUCUGCCACGUUACCCGGAAGUGAAUCCAAGCAUCACUUCCGCAGAAGGAAUGACCGACCAAACGCAUUCCGAGCCUGCUUCAGAUGAUCUUUACGUGUAUUCUUCUCAAAUGACAAACAGCUAGACAAUGUUCUCUUGCAUUACAGCUGCCCGAGGUUACUGUUAAUCGUCACGCAUAACCACACGUAGUCGAGACUACAUUACUUGCCUGCGACAGAGACGUAGGCCUGUAGGGGAAAUGCAUAAUAAUGGAGGGAGACAUGUGCCUGAUAAUACCCAGACAUUACCGUACAACAGAACAAUCUCUACAGCAUACUUAUAACUUAAAUGUCAACAAAGGGUACCUAGUUUUGGUUUUUGGUCGUCUAGAAGCGGUGAUUUGUAUGAAUUAAUAUUUUUUUAUAGAAAAAAUGCCCCACCCUUCCUCUUUAUUUCCUGCUUGAAUAUAUUCUGUAGGUGUGACCUAAACGACAAAUUCCCUGAUGCCCAGAAGUUCCGGAUACAAAUGAAGAUGGAGGAGUGAUCCCGGAGCUAAUCAAUGCUACACAACUAUAACGGCAACUACAUUUGUAGAACUCUGUAACCUUUUUCUCUAGCCUCAUGGGGUAUUUGCCAUUCCCAUUGGUAACAUGGAAUUUCACGUGAUAAUCUACAACUGCCGGACACUGUCGUGUAUACGCUCUUCUCGGCAGGAACAAAAGAGGCUGUAUACAUGUAAGGGAUGUUGUAACUCUUCUCGGCAGGAACAAAAGAGGCUGUAUACAUGUAAGGGAUGUUGUAACUCUUCUCGGCAGGAACAAAAGAGGCUGUAUACAUGUAAGGGAUGUUGUAACUCUUCUCGGCAGGAACAAAAGAGGCUGUAUACAUGUAAGGGAUGUUGUAACUCUUCUCGGCAGGAACAAAAGAGGCUGUAUACAUGUAAGGGAUGUUGUAACUCUUCUCGGCAGGAACAAAAGAGGCUGUAUACAUGUAAGGGAUGUUGUAACUCUUCUCGGCAGGAACAAAAGAGGCUGUAUACAUGUAAGGGAUGUUGUAACGUUUAGGUGCAUAUGUCCUUGUUUAUUAUAUUUGUGACGCCAGUCCGUCACUUCGAACUUAGUUAGGUCCAGCUUUUUGAAAGUUGUAAUUUUUGUUAUUUCUGCAUAUCAGGUUCAAGUAGAAUUCUUCACUUGAAGGAAGUCUGUGUUCAUGUGAUUAAUGGAAGAUGUUAAACUUUAUAACAAACGUCUUUGCGGUUUACUGCCUCUAGGACAAUUUGGUUGACAUGUACCCAUGAUUCUAUUGCUCAGUGUCAAGUUAUUAGGUUAUGCUAUUGGGACAACGUUAGGAGACAUCCCGGUAGGGUCCUGUCAGCAACUAUAGGCAACAUUUGGCAUCUUUCUGACUCUCUGUGCCACCUGUGUGCGGUGACCAACUCCAUGGGUAUAUAAAGGUGCUAAGUGUUGUUCUGAUAUGCUUGUCUUCUCAGGUCUUUCUGACUCUCUGUACCACCUGUAUGCGGUGACCAUCUCCAUGAGUAUAUAAAAGAACGUCAGUCCCGAGUUUUGGAGUCCUUUUAUUCCACGUGCUUUACAUACAGUUUCAUCUAUAAUAUCAUCCUUCGAUACGUGCUUUUUCCACAUUCUAAUAUGUUAUAUUCGUUUGCAAAACGCUGUUUGAUGAAGAUUGAAAUCAGAUUGAAUUUAUUGGCUUAUUGUACGUUCCUCAACUAUUCUGCAUAUAUUUGUCUUCACAGUCUCCGUCAGUAAAAAUUAAGGCUGCCGACUGAUGACACUGUCUAAUGUGUCACACUAAGUUGCCUAAUGUGUCACACUAAGUUGCCUAAUGUGUCACACUAAGCUGUCUAGUGUGUCACAUUAAGCUGUCUAAUGUAUCCCACUAAGCUCCUUAAUGCGUCACAUUAAGCUGCCUAGUGUGUCACAAUAAGCUGCCUAGUGUGUCACGCUAGUUGCAUAGCGUGUCACAUUAAGCUGUCUAGUGUGUCACAUUAAGCUGCCAAGUGUGUCACACUGUAUAUCUUGUAUAAGCGCGUACAACGCCACAAGUUUAUGUACACAUGUACUGGCUGCGCCCAUACCACACGACACUUGAUCGAUGUUCGCUGUCAAUACAAACUGACUUUAUUACAUAUUUUGGCGACGAGGAUGGGAUUGGUGCUAUAGACUGUUCUAUCGAUGGCUUCGCGCGGAAAAAUCGAGGAAUUCAAUGAAAAGGUGAGCGGCAGUUGGACUGAAUACAUUGAACAUUCAACAUUACAUUCAACAUUACUUCAUAGCUAAUGACAUUGAAGAUGGACGGAAAAAGGGUUCAAUCCUACUCAGUGUUUGUGGAAGAAGGACUUAUAAAGGCAUAAGGAAUUUAGUUGCACCUGAAAAACGUGGCAAAUAAAGGUUUAAGCUCGUUGGUGAUCACCACGAGCCUCCGCCGUCAGCGUGCGUUCAUAGAUGCAAAUUCAACAGCCGAAUGAGGGUACCGGGCGAGUCAGUUGCUGUGUUUGUGUCUGAAUUCCGGGCGAGUCAGUUGCUGGGGUUGUGUCUGAAUUCCGGGCGAGUCAGUUGCUGUGUUUGUGUCUGAAUUCCGGGCGAGUCAGCUGGUGUGUUUGUGUCUGAAUUCCGGGCGAAUCAGUUGCUGUGUUUAUGUCUGAAU